GGUUAGUUGCGAUUCAGCUACUCGCCGGUCGUUUCGAUUCCGUCCGUCCGGAACGUUUUACGUACAACGAACAUUAUUACAAUACUAUUUACAAACAGCAUGUUAUUUACUCGGCGCUUAAUAAUUCGUAUUACGUGCUCGCUGUAAGCCGGGUGCUCUUGAAUCUCUAGUGAAAUCAUGUCGAUCCACUAACGGUUGGUUUUCUAACCCUAACGAUCGUUUUGAAAUUCGUUUGUAAACGGUCGAUGUUGCGCAUCCGCCGUUCACAACAAUAUUACGAUGAACACUGCACGAAUCGGUUGUAAAUUGUAUUAUCGACGAACAGUGUGAAUUGUUGUUUUUGCACCUCCGAAGUAUGUUGUGCGCUUGUAACGAAAAUCGUUCAUAUAACAAAGUAUACGUUCGACACACCGCGUAACACAUAUUGUACACGAAGAUUUUCAAUAAAUCGAUAAAUAAAGUUGAAUAUAAUCUAAUUAAAUCAUUAGUGGUGAUCAUCAGAUGAAGGGAGAUCUGCCUUCUCUCAAAAAAUGUCAUCGACGCAAAAAGCAAUCAGUUAUUAGCUUACUAUUAAGCUUCUAUUUCGAAACGAGACAAAACCUUCUAGAACAAUACAAUUCACACUCAACAAUAAAAGAUGAAUCUCAAUAUUUCCAUCAAAUUGGGGUAAAUUAAUGCUGGUGGACGUGAACGAGCUACUGGUUGGUAAUGCUAGUCAAUAAUGCCAUCCAGUUCCUGAACAAAAUACGUGACUUGAGACUUUUGAAGAUGAUAUCCACUGCUAUUUCCUUGGAUAGGAGGUUGUAUUCGGAAAUUAAAAUACCCAAGACGCAAGUCAUAAAUGAGCUAACUCUAAUGGUUAGCGGAAAUGAAACAUCUAAAAGCAAAGGAUUUCACAACCAACAUUAUAUUGCGGCUGUUGUCGAAUACUACCCCAACUUAGGAUCAAAUCCAUUACAGUCGAUCCAGAAUAACUUACCUAUAUAUGAAGACAUUAUUCACAAUGUUAGCCAAUAUGAUGUUGAUAUACUGGUUUUCCCUGAAGCAGGAUUGACCGGAGUCACUUUACCUGACGAUAGAAAAGAAAUACGACCUUUUUUGACCGAAAUCCCUUCCCCGGAAAGUAAAACCAUCCCGUGUUUUACAAAAUACUGCAGUACAGUGUUAAAUAAACUAUCGUGUGCGGCUCGGCUUCAUCAUAUGUAUGUGGUGGUAAAUUUACCAGAAAUUGAAUAUUGCAAAACAGAAGAAGACGAUGCGUGUCCAGAAGAUUUAGCUUAUUAUUACAACACGAACGUGGUAUUCGAUAGAGAAGGAAGAAUCGUUGCCAGGUACAGGAAAUUUAACUUGUUCAGAGAAUUUGGAUUUAAUCAUACCCAGCCAUCUGAACUAUGCACGUUCGAUACUGAUUUCGGGGUACGAUUUGGAAUGUUCAUAUGUUUUGACAUAAUGUUUGAAGAUCCUGCAGCUCGCCUCAUUCGGGAAACUGGUGUUAAGGAUGUUAUUUAUUCCACGGCUUGGUUUUCAGAAAUUCCUUUGCUAACAGCCGAUUCAGUGCAAGCCGGCUGGGCGUAUACCAACGACGUAAACCUAAUAGCGUCCGGUUACAGUAUGCCGGCAAUGAGCGGGGGAGGCAGCGGCAUUUACGCGGGUCGUGACGGACCUUUGGUCAUGGUCAUGCCUGACCGACCGGGUACACAGAUAAUAGUGUCAAGAGUGCUGAAAAGGAAGUUUCCCGACAGUGAAUGUCAAUCGAAGAAAUGUUCCAUUGAUAGUAGCUAUCGGACGUUCGUUUCUGAUUAUCUAGUCCUGCCUUACGGCAAAGAAAAUUCGGCACCGAGUAGCAACCGGCCCAGCGAUCUCAGGUUCUUUACGGACAACAGCUUCAGGAACUUUUACGUGAAGACCAUGCGGUCGGAGGACCCGGACGCGGAUCAGGACGACACGCUGACGGCGACGUUCGCGUACGAGCGGGACGGCUUCGAGUGCGCGAUGACGGUGAGCUGGCGGAACGAGAACAACAACGAGACGACCGACUACAACAUGUUCGGGUACUCGGGCACGCGAUCGUUCGGCGGCUUCAUGGACGCCCACAUCGAGACGUGCGGCCUGACCGCGUACAAGCCGGCCGCGGCGUCCGCGGCCGUCGUCUACUACGACCCGCCCAAGGAUCUGGUGACGAUCACGGCGAUCGCGAUCACGGCCCGGUCGCCGGACCUCGGCACGCUGCCCAUACCCAGCACGUUGGACGCGCGCAGCUACCCGCUGACCAACGACCAUUACACGUUCAGCAAGCGCACCGUGACGGUGGGCAAGCGGAAAAUGCUCGAGGUCAACAUGGAGCUGUCCAAGCCGGUCGCCAACCUGAUCACGUUCGGCAUCUACAAGCUUCCACAGCCGUUGGCCCGAUGACAUCCCGGUCCCCGUUCCUAUACGUAUACUAUACCCGUAGAGCAGCAGUGCGCGUACUGCACCAGUGCGCGUACGCCCUACGCGGCAGCACUACGCACUACACAAACGUACAAUAAAAAAUUAUUCCCUGUAAACACAUAGCGAUAACAGUAAUAAUAAUAAUAAUAAUACUUGGAAUACAUGCGCGUACGGACAGUCGCCGAACCCAACACAAUACAUUAACUAUAACGAAUACUGUUAUGCAAAUAAAUCGUGCAAACUCGAAAAGUAAUCUAAUAAUAAUAAUAAUAAUAAUAAUAAAAACUACCAGCCAGUACACAUGAGCAUCCCGUUGUGUGUAAGAGCGGGACGACGGCCGAGUAGAGUAUACAAUACGCGUCCCGGCCGGGUCCUCGGCAAUUCGAUGGAAAACAAAUUCACAUGGAAAUAUUGACAUGCAAAUUAAAGCUCAACAAAUCGAAUUAAUUUAACACAUUUUUCUCCCCUAGGAAUUAUAACCAUCGAGAAUUCGUUGUACGGGUACGCACUGUUGUACGCUUAAAUAAAACUCGUUGGUUAAUUCAUAUUAUAAUUCCGAUGUUUCACGAUGUGUACAAAAUCCGUUGCAGUCGACACUUUUAAUUUUUAUUACAAUCAUGCAGCAGACUCCCUUUUCCAAUCACAACUUUUUUAUACCAAACCUAACAACUCAUACUGGUGAUUCCCCACGGCCACUGAAGAGAGACUGGUGUAGAAACUCACUUAACGAAUAAAUAAAAUAAAUGAACAAAAGGUAAUGCUUUUAAACGUAGGCGGCUUCUUCCCUUACGUGUAUCAAGUUAAAGGGCAUAAUAAAUAAUUAAAAUAAUUAUUAUUAUAACAUCCACCAUUGUCGACAAAUUUAUUAAAAGACAAAAAUGAAC